AUGCUAUAUUGUUUGUUUGUUUCUGCACCUCUCUGUUUGGUGCCCUGAGCAGCUCAGGACGAUGAUGUUUGGUGGUAACAACCGCGCUCAGGUGUUCUUCAAGAAACAUGGAUGGACCGACGGCGGAAAAAUCGAGGCUAAGUACACUUUUUGUCCUGGGAGAUGCCGCCAUAAUUCUGAGAGUGUGUUCAUGAUACUACAAACCACAUCAAGUUUCACCAUUGUUUUUCUCUGGCAUCAAAUGCUUCAGGCUAAUCUUACACAAGUUCAAACAAGACUUCUUGGCAUUAACGUUACUGUCGUAAGGCUAGGAGAUUCAUGCGAUGCAGUUUGCAAGUCAUGUGGACGACUGUGUGUGAUGAAUAAACUAUCACUUCUAAACCAAUACAUGAUUGCAGGCUCCUGUUUAGCAAGUGCAAGGGCUGACCAACCUGCUGAAGUUGUCGAUGAUGCGCCCAGAGAUUUGACAGUUAUGAUCGAUGCUCUUCCUCUGAAUAUAGCUGAAGCCGAUGAGCAUUCU